AUGCUUUCCGCCGCCGCUUUCGUCCUGUGUCUCAGCUUAGCAGCUGCAGUUCCCCACCGAUUUGCCAGACAGGCAGACUGUCCAGAUGCCUUCCAGAAUGUUCCCAACCCCUGCAAAUCCAACCCAGACCAAUCUAUCUAUUUCCCUCACCCAACCGACAACACCAAGUUUAUCCAGUGCGAUCUCUUCGGAAGGAUGUUCAUCGUUCAGUGUCCGGCUGGAGAGACCUACGUGUCAUCCAGCACUUCCUGUAUUGACCUUUCAAAGCCUGUUGUGACAGCUGCCCCACAAACGUCUGCACCAGUGGUAGUCAAUCCCGCCACUUCAGGCCCAGCCACCGUAGGAUCUAACCCCUGCAGCCAGACCAAUAUCCAAGCAGGCAAUAUUUACUUCUCUGUUGCCGACGAUAUCACUAAAUUCAUUGAAUGCGAUAUGCUUGGUCAUCCUAACAUCCUGGACUGCCCAGCUGGACUUGUGUGGCAAGAGUCUCGUCUUUCGUGUGUUUUCCAGAUAGGAACCGUUCUUCCCGGAGCAGGCAGCGCUGGAACAGGAAGUGGUAACACCGGAAGCGGCACCGGAACUGGAAGUGGAAAUACUGGAACGGGAAGCGGAGACAACCUGAAGAACCCAUGCACAGUGGAGUCCCUUUCUGCAGGACAACUUUUCUUCGAAUAUGCCGCUGAUUCCAACAAGUUCCUGCAGUGUGAUCUUUGGGGAGAUGUGUACGUAAAUACCUGCCCAACCGGCCUCAAAUGGAACGACUCAGCCAAGACCUGUGCCUCCGGUUUCAUCAACCUUGUGCCAAGUGGCAACUAG